AUGGCGGCGACUUCGAGCGGAGUUGAUGCAGAGAUGCUGAAUAAGAUGGGAAAUCACCUCAAGUCACAGGGCAUCUUUGACCAGUUCCGGAGAGACUGCCUUGAAGAUGUCGACACCAAGCCUGCCUACCAGAAUCUCCGGCAGAAGGUGGAGGGUUACGUAUCAGCAUUUCUGGCCAAGGUCAAUUGGGAACCCAAACUGAACAAGAACCAGUUACGCGACAGCCUUCGUAGACAGAUUAACCAGUCAGAGAUGUUGUCUGCAGGCGUGGAAAGGAUCAUUGAACAGGUCAUUGAACCCAAGAUGCAGCAUGUAUUCAGACCUCAAAUUGAGAAGGUUGUGGAUGAAUUCCUUGGUCCCAAGGGAAGCAAGGAAGCAGAAAAUCUCAAGAAGGACUUGGCUACCACCUCGGGGAUGUCCCACCCGGUCCCAGCCCCUGCACCCCCAGAUCUUCCCCCAGAAGUGCCCACCCCUGCCCCACCACUGCCCCCUUCGGAGCCCCCAGCUGCGCCCCCCCAGGCACCACCAGAGGCACCCCCUGACGAGCCCCCCGACGAUCCGGUAGCUUGUUUUGCCAGUCAUCCAGACCAUGCAAAGCCUGUCCAGUCGGGGACCUCGCCAACUGUCUCCUCUGGUGGUAAUACACCUUCUUUCACGUCAAGCAAAAUGCCCGGCUUGGUGAAAAAGCAUUCUGGAGGGGUGUUGGCAACGACCUCUGAUGUCAAAGGGGAGAAGAAACCAGUCCUUGAGCUGCCAGGCGAGGUCAAAUCAGCGAUACCUGCCAAGGGUCCCAGUGUAAAAACUGAACCAAUGAAAAGUCAGCCAGGGAAGCCCCAGCCGGUCAAAGACCAAGAUGCGAGGAAAGUAGCCACCAAAGACCAGCCUGCCAAGACGCAGCCCUCCAAAGUGAUCAAGAAAGUUCCAUCCGGAUCUAAACUUGUCGAUGCUAUCAAACCAACUGACAAGCCCAGGAUUGUGAUAUCUAGUAACAAGCCCCCUGCUCUAAAAAUCAAAAUUCCAGAAGAGUUUAAGAAAGUUGAGGAUAGGCCGACCCUCCAAGCAACAGUCAAGGAGCCAGGUCAAGAUUCAGAAACGAAGCCACAACCCUUAGAUGUGGAGAAGGUUCCAAUCUGCGACCAGUUGUUGCUCAGGAAAGCUGCUUCUGAGGUCACCACACUUGAGCCUGACACAGAUUCUGACGUCGUGAUGGACGUCGAACCCUCACAACCACAGCCGAGGGGCAUUCAAGGUGAACAAGACGAACGACGCAGCUGCUACAGUGGCAAGGGGGAGGAAUCUGACGGAGAGAGCGGCCUGUCCGACAUAUCGGUCAGCUCUGUCCACACCAGCGACCUGUCGUCGUUUGAUGAGGAUUUCAGCUCCUCGUCCUCCAGUUCCAGCUCCGAUUCAAGCAGUGAGGAGGAGACUACCAAACCCAAACAGAUUUCUCUAAAGAAAAAGCCAUUUGCCCACAUGUACCCUUCCGACAGUGACUCGGAAGCCCCUUCCGAGGUCACCAUCAGCACAGACACCAGCAGGCCGGCUUCUGUCGCCUCGGACAAGCUGUCUGCCCGGAGGUCCCCCAAGACCCAGACUCCCUCCGCCCGGGCCCUGGCGAUCAGUCGUUACCACAGUGACAGCGAGGAUGAGGACUCCCGACAAGAGAGGCGAAAGAAAGCGGCUCUGGCCAAGGAGGAGAGAGCCCGCCGGCGACAGAUGGCCAAGGAAGAGAGAGAGAAGGUCCUCGCUGAGAAGCUGGAGAAAAGGGCCUUGGACCCCGAAACUGCUGACGACUCGGGCGAGGCCAAAAAGGCAGCCAGGAGGGAGGACCUGGCGACAGCGUCUCCGCUCAAAACCACCAAGGAGCAGUUGAAGGAGCAGAAGAUGCUGGAGAAAAAGCGGGAGGUGCGACGGAGGAGGUCACUGAACAAGCGCUACUUCUCGGAUGAGUUCUCAUCCUCCAUGCAAGGGGUGAAAGAGCCCGUUUCUCAACAAGAAGAUGAUGAGGAGAAGCAGCAGGAGGUGGUCCAGGCACCGGACCUGGUCCCCCUGACAGCGUUCAUUCGCAGGGAGAAGCUCCAGUGCUUCCACCUGAUCUACCGGGAGCGGCGGGAGCCCCAGGUCAGGUGCCACCACCUCCUCACCCAGGGCCUGAGCGGGGAACAGCAGAGGAAACUGAGUUCGCGGAAGCGCAAGGAGAGGAGGGACUCCAAGGUCCCCAGGUUCUCUUUCCCUCAGGGCAAGGCUGCCGCUGCUGCCGGUGUACCUGGUGAGAGAAGCGGUAAGCCCACUUCCUCAUUGGAGUCAGCCAGAGGCCAGAAGAAACUAGGGCAGGAGCAGGUACCGGAAAAGAAGCAGGGGGAGGAAGUGUCAGAGCUCCGACAGACAUCGAGAGAUGUCCAGGACAAUCCUGGAGAGAAAAAUGUGGAGCAACUGACAGGAGAUGAGGAAGUUGAAAAACGGGAUGGAAGCCCUGAACUGCAGGCCGAGCCAAUCCAAGGGCCACCUGAUGAGCAGCAGCAGGUGGGAGAUGUUCCUGCGUCCAUUGACGAAGAAGAGUCUCACCUUAUUGAGCAGCAAGGCAAGUUGGUGGAGGAGUUCGUACAAGAAGAGAUUCAGGCGAAAGAAGAGGUCCAACAGGAGGCAAAGCCUGGAGGGGUCCAAGAUGAAUUAUGGCAGUUGGCAGAUGAGCCUAUGCAGGAUUUACAAGAACAGAAGGGAGAAGAAAUGCAGAGGAGGGAAGAACAAGAUAAAAGAGAUGAGCCUCCAGAAGAGAAGAAUGGGGAGGUCAAGGGGGAGGGAGAGGAGCUUCCAAAUUGCAACCAGGCUUCAGAGCCAGAAGCCGAGAAAUUGCCUGAAGAAACUGGGAAGGAGGUUGUGGAGGACACAACUCAAGAAGAGCAGACAGUACAAGAUGAGGUGCCAGAGGAUGUCACCAAGAUGGAUUGUUCCGAGGAACAGACAGUGGGUAAGACAGCAUUGCAAGAAACGGUUGAACUGUCACUCAGGGAUGCUACCCCCUAUAAGCAAGGAGCAAAUCCUCCGCAAGUGAAAGAUAUAGAGCCAGCAGCCGCCACUGAGCCCACAGUUCCCUCAGAAUUGCCAAGCGAUGAGAUUGAUAACCCACCGACUCCCACGCAGGAUGAGCCCUCCAUUUACCCGGAGGCAGAUUCGGAGUCUGAAGAGCACAGCGAUAAAGGUUCCUCCAUCCCCAUCUACACGGUACACAGUCCCAAACACCUGCCGCUUGGAUCUGUGUUCAAACUGAGCCAGACGUCUCUACAGGACAUGAAGCCUUUAAGUGGGGUACGGGUAGAGACGAAAACAGUCUCUAAAGACAGUAAUGCAUCUGCAGCUGAUGACUCCGAAAAACACAGUGAAGCUAGUUACCAGCUUGAAGACAGUCAUGACAGCAACACAGACAGUGACAAACACAGAACAGGCACUAAAGUAUCACACUCGGAACUGCAAGAUAAACCGACCGCCAGCGAGACUUCAGAGUCAUCCCAGGCAGAGAGUCGCUAUGGGACUCGGCCAAAGCGUCACGCCACCUCUCCGCGGGACUCGCAAGAUGACGACUACUUUUAUUAUGGCCAGCCCAAGCGGGGCCGCUACUCGCAGUCCCCCAUCUCCCCGCAGGAGGAGGGGGACAAGGCUGGCCGCUCCCGGGCCAGGAGGGUGUCGACUGACAGUGGGAAGUCAGAUGGCACCGGCCGCGAGGCUGCAGAGACCCCCACCCGGCCGUUGCGUCAGAGGCAUGUCUCCCCGCCCCGCCGAUACUCCCCCAGCGACACCAGAGUGUCUCACCGGAGGUCAUCCACGUCCGUCAUCCCACACCUCCGCUGCACCGACGGCACCCGCAAAGCAGUCGAGGCGGGGCUCCUCACCCUCUGCGCACGAGCACUUCACGCGACGUUCCUCUGGUCGAGAGGAGGCCAAGCGGGGAAACCGCUACUCAGAUAUGUACUACUACAACGAGCGCGGGUCCCGUAACCAAGCGGCCAGCAGGGGAGGGGAAAGAGGAAGGGCCUCGGAACCGGUCAGCAGUCGGCGAUCAUCCAGACGAUCCUUGGACGAGAGGCCAGGCAAUCAGACCUCCACUAAGCGAAGAAAGUAGAUCCUCUCUAUCAGGUAAACCUUGAAAUUGUUGCUGAAAUUGUUACUGUGGAGCCCCUUGUAUCUCAAAAGCAGACAGUGACACUAGUGAAUAAAUUUAGUCGUAAAAAAGGAAGUACCGUGCAAAUUUGCAAGUUGCCGAUUAUUAAAGCCAGGAAUGGGCCUGUCGUGAAGUACCACUCCACACCUGGUAUUUUGUGAUCACAUUUGUUCCUGCUGUUUACAUUUUCUGAGCUAAAACAAAGUGGAGUACAAUGUUUGCAGACAUAUGUACAAGUACUUGGUGAUUUUGUUUUGCCAACAGAAGAACAGCACUGUGACUGUUCAAACAUUGUAUAAGACUUUUCCGGCACGCGUUCAAAAAAAAAAGCAGCGAUAAGAUGUACCCCUUACACUUCAUAGGAAGUAGGUUUGUUGUUGAUGUUAACCUGCAAAAACUUGCCAUUAUAUUUAGUAGUGAUGUUGUGAAUGGGCGACAUGUUGGGUGGUGCAUUACACAUGUACAACUUUGUACAUGAUGUACACUUGUAGUAGCCGAUGUAUAAUUGAGGGUAAUCAUGCGGAAAUACAUGUACACCAUUUUUCCCCUGGAAAUUCCAUGGUCAGUUCCCAGUUGGGUCCGUAUCUGCCUCUUGGGUGUUUUGAGGUACAUCAGAGUUUUGUAAAUUUUGGCUCAAAAUAUCAAAGAUGUCAGAAUGACCAGAUUGUAUCACAGUGGGCAAAAAAAAAAACUGCAUGAGGAUAUUAAUUUAUUUGUAAGGUGUAUGCAUAAUGAGCUGCUUUUGAUACAUGUGCUCUACUUGAAGGCACCACUGAAACACACAGAUUGUCCUUUUUUACAAGUGUGGACGCCCCUUACAAUCUGUGCACCCAUCCUGCUCUUUUCUGCGACCACCAUCAUUGGUUGGCUUCAUCCAUGCACAUGAAUAAGAAUUAGCCGUCAACUUGCUGAAGUAUAUUUCAUGAGUUUUCCCACAUUCAUGUAGGUUACUGGAGAUGGAUCCAACCAACCGGCUUCAAGUUGACGAGUUAUGUAUACCAGGGGUGAGAUUGACCAAUAUUAAAAAUAGCUGUACUGCUCAAAAAGGCAUGAAAAAGCUGAACUGUGGAAAUCUCGUAUACUUUCGUACACAGCCAGUGAGGAAAAAAAAGCUGAAAUCCAAAACAAAAAAAAAUGAGAAAUCUCACCCCUGGUCUGCUUGCAUGAUGACCAACUACAUGAAAAUUGAUGUACUACAGUCACAUUAUAAAUGGUUGUGAACAGAGACAGUCAUGUCAUUUUAACUUCAAAAAACAGGGAAUAAUUUCAAACAGAUGCACCAUGCAAAUGUGUAAUUAUCAUUUUAUUUACUUUUUAAUGAAAGAUUUUCUUUUGUCAGAAAAAGGCAGAAAUGUGAUUUCAAAAUGUUUUCUAUUUAAGUCUUCUCUAAACCCAUUUAUCCUCAAGUGUUUCCUUUGAACUUCCAAUCUCAUUCUAGGUACAUUUGAUCAUAGGAGAUUUUACAUGAUAAACAUAUUUCAUAGACUUUUUAAAGUAAAGAUUAGCACCAGUAUUGUAAAGGAGAGCUGUAUUUUUUUUCUCGUUUGCAUUAGAAAUGCAAUUUGUUAAAAAUGCAAGGAAACUUUGCAUGCAUACACGUACAUGUAUAUCCAAGAAAGGUGUAAGUUAUCUAUCCAAGCUCUGUAGCAAUUGUACAUGUAACGAGUUGGAAGUGCUUUCAUGUAUUCAAUGUGGCUACUGGAAUAAAACGUCAAA